AUGUUAGCCUUUCUUUGCCUGAUUUUGCAGCUAUCCAAUAACAUUGCCUACGCCUCCACAACCAGAGGGAAACACAUAAUCAUACUGGCCGGACAAAGCAACAUGUCCGGCCGAGGCGGCGUCCAGAACAACACCUGGGACGGCGUUGUACCUCUUCAAUCUAAACCCAACCCCUCAAUCUUCCGAUUAACUUCGAAUCUCAGUUGGAUCGAGGCUCGUGACCCUCUUCACAAAGACAUUGAUGUGAACGCAACAUGUGGGAUAGGUCCCGGAAUGGCGUUUGCUAACAGAGUGUUGGAUAGAAAUCGGAGUCUGGGUCCAUUGGGUUUGGUUCCAUGUGCAGUCGGAGGUACACGAGGGACCAAGAUUAGCGAGUGGCGAAGAGGGAGUUUCCUGUACAAGCAGCUUUUGAGGAGGGCGUCGGUGACUCGGAGAGGCGGUGGGUUGAUCGGAGGGAUUUUGUGGUUUCAAGGGGAGAGUGAUACAGUGAGUGAAUUGGAUGCGCGUAUGUAUGGAAGAAGGCUGAUCAAUUUGUUCAAUAAUCUUCGUGCUGAUCUUGGAUCCCCUUUGCUCCCUAUAGUUCAUGUGGCUAUAAUUUCAGGACAAGGACCAUAUGUGGAAACUGUGAGAAAAGCACAACUAGGAAUAAAGCUUCGGAAUGUAAGGUGUGUGGAUGCCAAGGGCUUGCAGUUGCUACCAGAUAAUUUGCAUCUUAGCACCGCAGCUCAAGUGCGUCUUGGUCGGAUGUUGGCCAACUCCUUCCUAAAACUCUAA